GACAGAAACUCAAUUGAUGAACCAAUUCUUCUCAGCCUUCCGGAUGAAUAGUGGUCAAUCGAUCGCUGGGUCCACGAUCAUGCCCUAUGGCGACGGCAUGCCGUGCACCUUUAACCCCGCGGAUGACGUGCCAGCCAAGGAGCAGAUUACCUCGCUGGAGGAUAUUCAGGACUUGUGGGGUGGAGGAGGAAGUUCAACAGGGGUGACCUUUCCCAAUGGCAGCCGCGCGGUGGUGACUGGUGCAACCUGGCUACCGGCAGUCGAAGGCAACGAGUGGAUGACCCUUUUGCUGUUGGGCAAUUUCGGCUUCAAAGAGGGUGUGAAUCCAGCGUCUGUGGUGAUCGCCAAUUCCAACGCUUACACGGGGCAGGGGCUGCAGUAUGCAGACACUGGCCUGGAUGAUUUGGUCUAUGCUGAGUUGCACGACAUCACAUCCUUUGAUGCGGCGGAUGGUCAGCCAACGUUGCCGCCUUUGUUGAUGCAGAACCCGCAAGUGCAAGCGUCCAUGGCGUUGUUGGCCAAUGACACUUGCAGUGUCCAUUAUCCCUCGACGACGCACGUGGUGCAG